UUCAAAGGUGAGGCGCAGGAGGAGGAGGAAGCGUGCGGAGCGCAGCGCUCGGAUAAUGCUAAAGUUAGGGAGAUCGGAGUGAACUUCUAUUAGCAAGAAAUUUACUAUAAAUCUACAAAUAUAUAUAUACACAAAAUAAACAUGUCUAAAAAAGAUGCAUUUGGACCAGAUUACUUCCGUAUGAGUGAAAAUGAGCGCAUCAUGCAGACGCAUGAGGCUGUUGUCAACUUCCUCCAUAGAGGGGGCACAUCAUACAGUCUUUUAGAUACCUUCAGUUUUGCUUGUGGAAUGGGGCUGGAUAACUACCCCACUGAGUUUGUGGAAUAUGUAGAAUCUUCCGAUGACGACGACGAUUUUCUCCACCAAAAUGAUAGAUUCUGUGGUUUCACUCCAAACUUUCUAAAUAAAGAGUUUCCAAACACACGGCCUGCAGUAGCCUGCUUUAAACCAGUCAAACACAUCUCACCAGAGGAGGCAGCGAAACAUGCUAAAGAAUUGUUAGAUGAAGAGGACAAACUUAAGAAAAAAGCAGAGAAGAAAAAACAGAAGAAAAUGCGGCGACGAGAGAGACGUAGACUAGAAAAAAUAGAAAAAGAAAAUGCAGAUAAAGAUAAAAACAAGAAGGUUGGUCCUGGUACGGUGAAAUCUAAACUUGCAGAAAAAGGGUCUGGAAAUAAGGAUAAAACAAAUAAAAAUGCAACUCUACAUCAUAACCCUUGCCAAGAGAUCUCCUCUGAAGCUACAGACAGCAGUGAUGGUUCUGAUGAGGAAGAUGAUGAUGAUAAUGAUAAAGAAAGCGUAUCUGAUGAUCUCCAGGAACUGGACAUGAACAGCUGCUUUGUGACAAAUGCGGGAGCCAAUACCAAACGCAAACUCGAACAGAAACCUAAAUCUAAUCGGAAAGACAAAAAAGCUGAAAACUCCAGGAAACAUGAGGCAGAAAAGAAAAGUGUAGCAGAGUCUCAGAUUAAGAAUGAUGAGAGUGAGCAGGGGUCAGGAGAGGCAGCAAAUGACUUUGUUACAAAGAGCAUGGAGCUAGCAGUGACGGGCAACGCAUAUGCAGAAGUGGGGAAUUUGGAUAUGGCGGUGAAGUUUUUUACUGAUGCUAUUAAACACAAUCCUAAAGAGUUUAAGUUGUUUGGGAAUCGCUCCUUCUGUUAUGAGAAAAUGCAACAGUAUGAGAAGGCUUUAAUAGAUGCUGAUAUUGCACUGUCUUUAAACCCCACAUGGAUUAAAGGACUCUACAGAAAAGGCAAAGCACUGGUUGGGCUUAAGAGAUACUAUGAUGCUAGUCUGACCUAUAAGGAAGUUUUAAAGUUGGACAGCUCCUGUACUGAUGCUGCUCAAGAGUUGAUGAGGGUACGGAUAAUGCAGUUAAUGGAUAUGGGAUUCACUCGAGAACAGAGUUCAAAUGCUCUGAUUAUACAUGGAACAGUAGAAAAAGCAUUAGAAGCUCUCUCUGGGUUGCAAGGUAGUGUUGCAACUGCCGCUGUGCCCGUUGAAGUGUCUGUUGAAAAGGAUUGGAUACGUGCAGAGAGAAAUCCUCAGCCUCAUAAAGUCCCACUCAGAACACUCCCUCAGAACCAGCCUAGACCUAAUGCUGCAGUCAAGACUCCGCCCCAAGAGCUAUUUCCCAUCUGGGUCGGGGAUCUGGUGCCUGCCAUAUCAGAGUCGAUGAUCUGUGAAAUCUUCAGUGUCCAUGGGCCAGUCCAUAGUGUACGAGUACUGCAGGAAAAACGCUGUGCUUUUGUCAACUACAUCAACAAAGAGGACAGUGAAAAAGCCAUCCGAGAUAUGCAUGGUUUUGCUAUUGCAGGCACUUCCCUUGUGGUGCGUUAUCCGGACAGAAUCUACACACAUCUUGGCGCAUCCAAAGCGGCAACAACAGACACAGGAAAGGUUAGUAAACUACCUGAGGAAUGUUUUUUCUGGAGGACAACAGGCUGCAUUAAGAACAAUCGUUGCACUUACAAACAUGUACCAGAACACAAAGGCAUUGAUCGACCAAAAGCCAAUGACAGAAGGACUGACAUUUAAUCCACAGUACAAGAUAUUUUAUCUCUCAUUUAGUAAAGAAAGCUUAUGAUGGGAUACAUAACAAAAACACCAAAUGUACUAAUAAAUAAGUAAGAGGCAAUCGAUGGGAUGCUCAAACCAUUUUCAUUAUGUGUUUCUGUAACUGUUUUCAGCAAUCGAUUAGUAGAGUUUAAAGCUACCAUGCUGGCCUUGUCAGUGGUUAGAUCUGAAUUGCCCUCCUCAAUGUUGGGCUUACUGUGUGUUCAGCAUCACUCUAAUUCACAUAAUAUUCCCAUAAGUUUAUCUAUUCAAAUUUUUUUCCACAAGUGCUUAAAACCAAAUCCAAAUUUUACUUUACUUGCCAUGAAUACUUAGAUAAAAGUCAUGCUUACUGCUUGAACUUAAUUUUUUUUUUUUGUUGAUUUAGUUUUAAUUACACUUUCAUGUCUUAAAUGAGAAAGUGUUUUGACUUUGUUAGUCUUAAUUGGGUCAGGAAAAAGUCCAUACUCAGACUCAUCCUUGGUUCCUCUGUUUUAUUUACUGAUUGAGUAAUGUUAUGGGAGUAUAUUAAUCUCACUGGGGCAAUUAAAACAGCCAAACCUUUUUAUAAAAUGUAAACAUGUCAAAACUAUUACAUUGCCCUUUUAACAAUUGAAAGUCCAUAAUUAUAAUAAUAUAAUAUAAUGAUAAUAAUGUUAUAAUAUAAUAAUAAUAAUAAUAAUAAUAAUAAUGAAAUGUAUCAUAUACAGUGCUAUGAUAUUGUACUGUAAAUCCUUGGUAAUUACUCAAAUUAGUCUCGUUGCUGUUUUUUCAUUAUUUGUUUCCUGUGUACCCACCCAGACACAAGCAACAGGCACGAGCACAUACAUUAUUCACUGGUUUCCUUGGAUUCGUUUGUUUUUCUGUGCCUUUCAGAGAAAAUUAAAUGGAGCAAAAUAAAUUAUCAUACAUUAUGCAAUUGAUUUAAAUCCAGACACUUUAUGCAUUCAUUUUAUAGAUGUCCAUCUAUAAACUGAGCUAAAAAGUAUUACGAGGUUAUGGUUAAGUCUUCAGAUAGAGAUGCUAACCUCAUUUUAAUUACCUAAGAUAAUUCAAACAUAAAGCUGAAAAUAUACAUGUUAUACAAUGUCUUAUUUACCAUAAAUCAGGAGAAACAAAUGAGUGGUAAAGUAAAUGCAUUUCUUGUUCAGCUGAAUUAUCUAACAUACUGGAUCUCUGCAGCACUUAAUGUAUCAAAAGCUUCUACUGUACUGGUCCUAUGUAUCUUUGAGCUAUACUGUUCUACUGUUUUAUAUUGUUGAUCUUUUACAACAUCAAUCUGUAUUUCAGUUUUGUUUUUUUUUUUCCCAUGGAUGCUAUUAGGCAGUCAUUCAUUGCAAUGGAUUUGCAAAUAAAUACUGAAUAUGACAACCUAA